AUGAUUGACAAAUCUCAAUCUAAACUUUUUCAACCUCUCGUGAUUGGAAAUGGAAAAAUCAGGCUUGAUCACAGAGUAGUCUUCGCUCCGUUGACCAGAAACCGAGGAGAGCCUUUGAGUCCCGUCAGCACUCCACAGAAUCCAAAUCGCAUUUGGUACCCUGGGGAUCUGAUGGUCGAGUACUAUACUCAGCGAACCACGAAAGGCGGUCUUUUGAUUUCAGAGGGCAUUCCGCCCUCACUCGAGAGCAAUGGAAUGCCCGGAGUCCCCGGUCUUUUUACUCAAGAACAAGCCGACGGUUGGCGCAAAGUUGUCGAUGCUGUACACGAAAAGGGAGGCUAUAUUUACUGCCAGCUUUGGCACGCUGGCCGGGCUACUAUUCCUCAGAUGACAGGCUCACCCCCAGUAUCAGCCACGGCCAGUAUCUGGGAUUCUCCGGACGAAUGUUAUUCUCACAUUCCCGUAGGUGAAUCGAAGCAUGUUCGCUAUGCGGAUCAUCCGCCUGUGGAACUGUCCGUCGAGCAUAUAAAGAAGACCAUCAAAGACUACUGCGACGUGGCAGAGAAGGCCAUGCAGAUAGGCUUUGAUGGAGUCGAGAUCCAUGCAGGAAACGGCUAUUUGCCAGAGCAGUUCCUGAGCUCAAACAUUAACAAGAGAACCGAUGAAUAUGGCGGAUCACCGGAAAAAAGAUGUCGCUUUGUUCUCGAGUUGAUGAAUGAAAUAGCUAAGCGCAUCGGCGAAGAGAAUCUUGCCAUUCGUCUUUCACCCUUUGGUCUCUUCAACCAGGCCCGCGGGGAACAGCGCGUGGAGACUUGGACUUAUCUUUGCAAAUCUUUGAAGCACGCUCAUCCGGCGCUGUCUUAUGUCAGCUUCAUUGAGCCUAGGUAUGAACAAAUAUUCAGCUACGAAGAGAAAGACAAAUUUCUCGCCAGUUGGGGUCUUUCCGAAGUGACCUUAGAUGCAUUCCGUGAGAUUUUCGGAGACACCCCUUUUUUCUCCGCCGGCGGCUUUGACGACUCCAACUCCUGGGGUGUAAUUGAAUCGGGCAAAUAUGAUGCCUUGCUUUAUGGCCGCUACUUCAUCAGUAACCCAGAUCUGGUUAACAGACUGAAAAAUGGUAUCCCUCUCGCAGCGUACGAUCGUGCUCGGUUUUAUGGUCCAUUUGAGGAUAAUGUUAUUGGGUACACAGAUUACCCAGCUGCAAAGUGA